UGCACUGUAUUGGAUUUUACUAAAAUAAUUUGUGUAUUAUUUCUAUGGCGCAAUAUAUAAAGACACAUAUAAUAAUAUCAGAAAAUGUGUCUUGUUUAAUCUUUAAAAAAAACAUUAGGUAUCAUAUUUUAAUAUUUUGCAACACCAAAAACAUCUUUGUUUUCCCAUUAUUUGUGCGUCAACUUAUUUAAACUACUACACAACGCAGAACAGGGACACCUGCGGCUCAUGACCACCUAACAAAACAAACAAAAUGAUGCAAACAAAAGCGUUCCGCACAGACUGAACCAGUAAUUAACACACAAGAGGAACAACUGAAGUAUUCAUAGAUAAAAAAAAAAAAACCAAAACAUAUUCCCAUGCAAAAUACUUUUCUCAGCUUUCUUGUUUACGACUUGUUGACGUGUUUUGUUCCGUUGUUCAACUCAUUAGGAGCUGUCAAGUCGUUAGGGUUUGUUAUCACUGGAAAACAAAAUGUCCCAAUGCUAAAAAGGUGUGAUAAAGUGGAAGGGUAUAAUGAGGUCUGUGGUGUGUGUGUGUGUGUGUAAGUCACACCGAACAUUUGCACCUCUAAUUGAAGGGUUGUUGUCGCCAUUUAACUGGAGACAUAAUUAAGAAGUUCAUUCUUCAUACAACUUUAAAACUUCAAAGUUAAAUAUACAUCACUGGGUAGUACAACUCAAGAUACUAGUCUCAGAAAAACGAGUACACAAAUAUUCACUGUUUUAAACACAAAUUUGAGGAGACACUUUUUCAUUAAGUUAAGUCCUUGUGUUUUCUCAGGUACAUCAAAGCUGUGUAUUAUGUAUGGAUGCAACUUAUAUCAUGCAACAACAUUAUAUGUUAUACCAGACGGGUCCUAAAAUUGAACAGGGGGGCCGGGUCAGGAGCAGACAGAUGGAGCGUUCGUGUGAACUAAAACACAUGGCAUGUAAGUCAUGCAUAAAGGCUCAAAUGCUUUAUGCCGGUACUACACCAUUCAAUGGGGAAAUGCGGGUAUUGCAGGGAAAAGGCAGAAAUAUAAUGAUAAUAUAAAUCAAUAAUGUAAUUUGAACAAGUUUGGCGGGCCGGAUUAAAAAGUUGAACGGGCCGCAUAUCGCCCCCCGGGCCAUAGUUUGCCCUGGACUUUUACCCAGCUUAUGGUCAUAAAUAUAUUAGUUGCAUAUAAGGGCUAGAUUGAGUAAAAAGAGAAAGUUAAGCUGCAGAUUUAUGAAAAAAUGUCUUGUUUAAGGGGACAUUAAAGAAUUAAAAAAAAAAAAAAUCACUCGAAUGAAGAUGUAAGUUUACGAGGAUCAAAUCACUGUUGAUCUUACGUUGAAAGUCGUAUAUUAGCAAAUAUACAAUCAUAUGUUUCUAAAAAAUAAAGUCAUAAGUAUACAAGGAUAAAGUCAUACGUUUAUGAAAAUACAGUGUUAGCCAGUUAGCUAACAAAACCAAGGAAAACCAAAACGGAUUACUAGCCAGUUCGCUAACAUAGCAAAAGAAAAUCAUUAUUAGCCAGCUAACUAUCACAACCCUGUUAAAAAACAAAAGGUUUUCAUAAUAUACAAAACAAAAACACACACAAACGUACUACAAGUGAGUGAGCUUUUAAAAAAACAAAACAAAUCUUAUAAGAAAUUACAGAUAUUGCAACCUUUAACUACUACUUUUUGAGAAAAUUUUAUGUCCAGUUGCCGGAACUCUUCAACUUUCACAGAAUGUACAUGAAGAAAUAAACUGAAAUCGAGGCCUGGGGAAAACAAAAAUACAACCAAAACUAGGCCCGAGACAGAAAAAUAAAUAAAUAAAAAUUGUACCUUGGUCUAAGAAACUAGUGUCUAAUAUGGUGAGCUUGGCUGCUGCUGGAAGUCUGUCUUAUUUUAAUUUUUUUUUUCUUUUUUAAAGUUUUAUCGUUUCUUUAUUUCCUUUUAUUUUCCUUCUUUCUGCCUCUGUUUGUUUGUUUACUUUUGUUUGUUAAUCAAAACCCUCUACAUGUAAAAAUGUCCAACAAUAAUAGCUAAUAAUAAAUAUGUCAAUAUUUUAAAUAACUGGUCAAGACAACACACACACGUUGCGCGCAGACUCAGUUGGGUAGCUGUACAAUUAAACUCUCACUUAUGAUUGGACGAGGCUGAAAGGAGAAUGGAAUAAAUGGAGAGACACGGAACCAAGGACUGCUGUUUUGGUGUGUGAAGUCAAAGUUGUCUCUGCGGCGUGAUACGACGAGUGUAUCAGACGGGAAGUAAAGGUUUAGCGCAAUAUUUUCGACAGGUUUGGGCAGACAUAUGUAUUUGUUUCGCUUUGAACUGAAAUGUCUUAUUGUUUCACUAUCAAAUUGUAUUUACUAACAUGGCCUCGGAAGGUAACAUGAACGGAUCCAAGGUGGCUGACAUGAACCCUUGCUCUGCUGCGUACAACUCUGAACCAUCUGUUCUCUGCCUGUUACUGUACGUUUUCCUUGGUAUAGUGUCAUUUAUCACAGUAUGUGGCAAUCUUCUCGUCAUAAUCUCCAUAUUUUACUUCAAACAGCUGCAUACUCCAACAAACGCCCUCAUCCUAUCUCUGGCGGUGGCGGACCUGCUUGUAGGGUUAUUGGUUUUUCCGUUCACGAUGGUUCUGUUUGUCAACUCCUGCUCCUACAGCGGCAACUUGGCGUGCCAGGUGCGAGGCAGUUUCGACGUAUCGCUGAGCACCUGCUCCAUUUUGAACCUGUGCUGUAUUUCUGUAGACCGAUACUACGCGGUGUGUCAGCCUCUCACGUACAGGUCUAAGAUCAACCAACGUGUCGUUCUGAUCAUGGUCACGUUCUGCUGGUCUCUGUCCGCAAUCAUUGGAAUCAUUUACUUGGUCGUUGAAAUGCACAGUCAAGAAUGUGGGGAGGAGUGUUUCGCCCACAUUUUUGUUGUAACCAGUUUUUCGCCUUUUUUUUCAUUUUAUAUGCCGGUGGUCAUAAUGCUCUGCAUCUACUUGAAGAUAUUGAUUGUUGCGCAGAGACAGGCCAGGAUCAUCCACAACACAACCAAGAGCGGCGCAGCUGUGAGUAGGAAGGAAAGAAAGGCCACGAAGACUCUGGCUACUGUCAUGGGGGUUUUCCUUCUCUGCUGGUUGCCCUUCUUCAUUUGCCUGUCCAGCUCCCCUUACUUUCAGAAAGACCCCGUACCUACUUCGCUGUUUGAGGCCCUCAACUGGCUCACACUGUCCAAUUCAAUGCUGAACCCAUUCAUCUACGCUUUCUUUUACAGCUGGUUCAGAGCAGCGUUUCGAAUGAUCAUCUGCGGGAAAAUCUUUCGAGGUGAUUUUGCCAACUCCAAGUUGUCCUAGAGCAUUUCAUUUUACUGCUUCAAACCUCAAAAUGUAUUUAACUCUUGGAUCAGAAACUUAAUAUGGAUGAAAACGGUACUAAGAAACACUAAGCAAUUGUGAUUGGUGAUUAUACUUAAACACACACACAUAUAUA